AUGGCUAGCGGCAGUAGUAGUAGUUCCAGGUCUGAAUUCAUAGUUGGAGGCAAAUACCGCCUUAUUCGCAAGAUUGGAAGCGGUUCUUUUGGCGAUAUAUACUUGGCAGUGUCCUCGAGCAAUGCGGAGGAAGUCGCCGUGAAGCUCGAGUCUCAGAAAGCCCGUCAUCCACAGCUUCUUUACGAGUCAAAGCUGUACAAAAUCCUUCAAGGUGGCGUGGGAAUCCCUAUUGUUCGUUGGUUUGGUCAAGAAAAAGACUAUAAUGUAUUGGUUAUGGAUCUGCUUGGCCCGAGUUUAGAGGACCUCUUCAAUUUCUGUUCGCGUCGCUUCACAAUGAAAACAGUUCUGAUGUUAGCAGACCAAAUGAUUAGUCGAGUUGAAUAUGUACACAACAAGAACUUUAUUCACCGUGAUAUCAAGCCCGAUAAUUUCUUGAUGGGUGUCGGCAGGCACUGCAACAAAUUAUACUUGAUUGAUUUUGGUUUAGCGAAGAAGUACCGCGAUACUCGAACCAAACAGCAUAUAGCUUAUCGCGAGGACAAAAACCUUACUGGAACAGCGCGCUACGCCAGCAUCAAUGCCCAUCUUGGCAUCGAACAGUCGAGAAGAGACGACAUGGAAUCACUUGGUUAUGUACUGAUGUACUUCAAUCGAAGCAGUCUGCCAUGGCAAGGCUUAAAGGCAGCCACUAAGAAGCAAAAAUAUGAGAAAAUUAGCGAGAAAAAGAUGUCCACCCCUGUCGAAGUCCUUUGCAAAGGUUUCCCAGCCGAGUUCGCGAUGUACCUCAACUACUGCCGUGGACUUCGCUUUGAAGAGAACCCAGAUUACAUGUACCUCCGUCAGUUGUUCAGGAUUUUAUUUCGGACUUUGAAUUACCAAUACGACUACAUUUUCGACUGGACAAUGUUGAAACAGAAAGCUGCUACCGCGCAAGCCACGGCAGCCACUGCGACAACAACGGGUGGAGUACCUUUCACUCCCGCGAAGAAAGCAGAUCAUUCACACGGUGCUUGUCACCAUCCGAAAGCUAAAGGCAACGUCUACGAGAUGUACGAGUAUUGA